CAACAAAAAGAUGCGUGUUUCGUAAUUUCACGUUUCCCAACCAUUUUUUAUUUGAAUCCAGCGUUGUGUUAUGUCGCAAUCGGCCUACUGAACAGCGACGUGUGAGAGAUGAUUCCUUAUAUUAUAGUUUAAUCGCCAGGUAACCACUUGAUGACUCACUACGUUCAAUUUUAACGAAAUAAAUUCUUUCUGAAUUUUUUCAAGUCGUGUUUUUGCUCGCUGUAAGUCGGAUCAUGAAGGAGGAAAGGAGGAGGAGCGACUCAUAAGGCCCUGCAGGCAUCAGUUUCGAGAUGCUGCAAUGUAUUGGUUUCUUUUUUCGUUACUAGAUGUCGACAUUAGCCUUAGCCCGAGACCCCGAGUAGCCCUCCUCCAUUCCUCCUUUAUGGUAGUAAAACGUGGUUUUUUCAAGAAUCUUUAACGUUUGUUUACCUAGAAGUCAUUCACAGACGUUGGACGCUUUCUGUCCUCUCUAUCAAAAGUUUUGUAGAAUAUAACGAUUGAGUCGGUACCGUAUUUUCCUGUAUAAGUGUAUCAAGUUACUGCGUACUGGUUAUUGUGCAGUGCUGUGCCAGAGUGAGACUCCUUGUCUGUCUAGCAGCGUUGAUACUCACUGUACAUGUUAGUCGACUGAAUCCGGAAUUGUGACCAUAUGUAAAUGGUAUAAUCAUGGGUGAUCGUGAUUCUUUGCCUGCUAACUUGAAAAGUCUGCAACCAUAUCUGGAUAUGGCCACUGAUUACGAAUCCAUGGACCUUUUCAUUAGUUACUGGUGUCGACUGUAUGUUCUAAAGCAAGGAUUUAUCCUGACAAGAGUAGAAGAUCUUCCAUUUUUGCUCGUUUUAAUGGAACUUUUGGAGAAGAACAAACAAGACCUGCAAUCUAAAAUAGAGACUACUGAUAUACCUGCUGCUCGAGCUCAUCUUCAAGGUGUGGUCCAGAAGUUGUUAAGCUGGGCAGAAAAUGUGCCGCCUUUGUUGUCAUUAACUAAUGUUGUUGCUAAGGCAUUUGAGUCUGCUGGAAUGCUGCUAGAUGUGUGCUCUAUAUUCGGAGAGCCAAAUGAAGGCGAAUCCGAGAAAAAGAAGUUUACCGACCCACAUCAAGCAAAUUUGCACAGCGAAUUCCAAUCAGAGUCAACUACAACAAAAUCAAACAUUCAGUACCAAGAUAUUAUAAAGUUAUCGGAUGGAAUUUCCGGAGAACUCCCAAAUGAUGAGCAGAAGAAGAAGAAUCAAGCACCAUCGUCUACUACAACGGAUGAGGGCGAAAAUCUGGCACAGUCGCCGGAAGUUGGCAAACCAGAAAGGAGAAAAGUCUAUGACCGCCUCUUCCUUUUCGAACUACGGAACCACCCAGUCUCACUGAAAAGACCGGAAGGUCUGCCCGGUUUGGAAAUUGUUCGGGAUAAGAUGAAACGAGAUAAAAUAAUCGCUGCUGGAAUAUUCAUACAUCAGAAGCAGUCUCAACAAACACCAAACGCUCAUAAUACCGAGAAUAAUACCUAUUGUUUUGAGGAUCUUUCUAAGACUUCGUUGGAAGUGGAUAAAAAAUUAGCCAUGCCAAAUCCUGGCCCACUGCAGGGUAGACAAACUAAGGGAAAUAACCAAUUUUUCGGUCGUCAGAUACGUCCGGGAAAUCAGCACAUGCCUAGACCCCCUAUGGCAGAGGGUACCAUUAAUCCCAAUCACCCACCCAAUGCUCCUCAGGCCUUACCUUACCCUGGGAUGACUCAACCCUUACUUUUCGUCAUUGGAGAUCAAUUCAGCCAGCAAUCGCCCUAUUUAUCGUACCCGGCGAAUCCUCCAGCGUCUUAUCCGCAAUCAGGGAACCUGCCUACCGGAAAUGUGUCGUUCCAGCAACCGCGAGCAGCUCAGCAAACGUAUGGUUACAGACAGACGCCCCCAUACCCGACUUUUCCUAUGAAGAGUACUCCAGCUGUUUUUUACCAAUCAGAGCCUCAACCCCAGCAACCUCAACAACAACAACAACAGCAGCAGCCCCAACAAACCCAGCAGCCCCAACAGCCACAGCAAGUCUCUGUCGCUCCACCACCGAUUGCCCAACCGCGUGAAAGUUCUGGAUCAUCACGGAGGGCAAGGUCAAGUAACUUGUGUAUUGUUGACCCCAAUACUAAUAGGGACGUCUUAACCGGUGAGGAAGUGUUGGUCAGUACGUCAGUUGUGGUUACUCCAACCACUACUACGCCUCCAAAUUAGGUUUUGGCGAUCCUUUUUUCGAUCAUCUCCCCCCUCCUGGAUCGCAUGACAUGUUUAUGUAAAAACAUUGUCCAAAAUUACGGUUAGUGGGUUGUGUGAGGCGGAUGAAAACUGUCGAUCAGUUUGAAUAAUCUAAAAAUGUAAGCAAAUGUAUUACCUUGAUGUGUUGUAACAAAGGAAAUGUGUAUCUUAUGUUUAUUUUUCACUUACCCAAUACAGAAAUUUCAAAGUUUGAA